AUGGCCCAAACCUCUUAUUCCCUUCCCCCAACCCCUCUCGCCUCUUCGUUUGAUGAAUCACUGUCUUCCACGAAGCGGUGCCAUUCUCAGCAUCCCCCAGGUGAUCUCAAGACCCCACAGCCAGGUAAAACCAAGAAUUCGACUCAGAAGCGAGAUUCUAUUGCUCCAGAGGUCAAGUCUGAGGUCAAGAAAAGCAACCACAAAAAGCCGGGACAACCAAAUAGCCAUAAUCAAGACUCCCAGAAGCAUGAACUGGCUACACCCAUCUCCAACUCCAAGCGCAAGGCAAAGGCUCCACAGUCGCAGUCGAAUUUGCGUACUCUACUUCUGAAAGAUCCACAGAAGAAACGCAAGUCUCUUUCUACUACGACCGAGCUGCUAGGCAAACACAAGAACAAGCUAAAAUCCAAGUCAUCUAUCGUCGCCUCGACUCCCAUGCAGAACAGCCGGAAGGCGAGAAAGUCCAUGCCUGCAACUCUCAACAAUGCUACUGAGCAUAAAAAGGAAGCGACCUCAGCUAAGCCUUCGAAAGCCUCGGCGUCCCGUGCUUCGACGCCGGCUCGCAGUCACCAUAAAUCGAAAACUGCAUCUCAAGCUAGCAUGAAGGCAUGUAAGCCCGCUACCAACUCCAUGGACCACUCUAUUCCACAGCCCACCCCAUCCAUUACCACGAAGAAAGGGAUUGGAGCGACCGAGUCUGCAACUGCCGCCGUCAAAGCCAGCGCACCUGCUCGUGACUCUACUGCAAAAUCCCGCCGUCGGCGAGACCGCAAGUCUGCCGCAGCAAUGCGCAAAAUCAUAGACUCAGCACAACAGACACCAUCUCAUACCACUCCUCUCCCUGGUCCAACCAAUGAUGCGGCUGAACCUCUUUCCCACACCCUGAACACCCGCAGCUCGCGAGCAAAAGCUGCCGCCGCCAAAAUGUUGAACGUCGAUAAAGCUCUGGACUCCCCGGUCCCUCUCAUGGCCCUGAAUGCUACUCCCCGCAAUCGAGAAGUUGCUGACAGCGUCGAUGGGACUCCCAUGCAAGUCUAUAGCGAUGGCUUCCACUUUGACUACGCACCGGAGAUGUACGGCAAUGCCUUCGGCCUUGAUGGCCAGGUGGACAGCUCAGGAUCCCCCACUAGCCUGUCUACUGGCGCAUCUGCUGCAGCUAGAGCCUCGACACGCGUCCGCAAGCCCACUAUCAGGGCCUUGGAAUCUUUGGAGUCGGAGCGCCAGUUCCGCCGGUCCAGGCCUCCGUCUAGCAAAGCCGACUCCACUUCUGGAGAGGUCAUGGGACAGAGAAAGGGAGACGUGGCCCAGCAGGCCCCGCCAACCACGCAGACCUCGCAUGUCCCAUCUGCUGCUGAACAGCCUGAUACGGCGACCAUUGCUAGGCAGUUGUUUGAUUUCGCGGCAGCGGCUGUAUCUGCAGAAGAUCCCGCGCUGGACGCAGGGCUUGAGGCGAAGAUGGAGAGCCUGCGCCAGGAGUUCGAGGCGGAAAACCUGUCACAGAUCCGACAAGAGGCGGGGUCCGGGGGAGAAAGUAGGCUAACCUCGAGCUUGCCAUACAUUUUGGAUAAUAGGAAAGUUUCUGAGCCUUGGACUGACGAGGAUGGCUGGACACAUACAGGUCUUCUUAACAAGUUUGGCGAGGAGUAUGUUUUUGUCUCCUCCGACUAUGAGUGGGUGCAUCCCGCCAACACCUACGGGGACGACCAACUGCCGCAGCCGCCGGGGCGGUUCAGGACACGGGAGCAGGCGGAGAAGGACCGGGUCUUCGGAUAUCCUCCGCGCCUGGGGGAGCGCAAUCUCCCCCGGCAAACGAGUUUCUUUCGUUUCGAAAACGUGGAUGAGGAAAAGGCCAAGGUCAGGGCGCGAGAUGCCGCCCGGCUGAGGGGCAUCCCAGUGGACCGGACCAUGUCAGUCGCAGACAUCGAGGCGCUGAUCACACAGCACGACAGUACAGGGCAAAAAGAAAUCUCGAAGGAGGUGGAAAAGCCCGUCGGUAGCACGCGCAAGCGAAGGCGCACGGAGCCUGCUAAGGAUUCCUCAGAGACCAGCUCAGGCUCCAAACGGCGGCGCACCAAUCCUCCUGCUAUCGCUGCUACCGCUGUUGCCGCCGCUGCCGAAAAGCCAACUCUCAAGAUUAAGUUUCGGUUUUCCAACCCCGAAAAGGCAGCGGCGGUAGCGGCGAUUAUCGCGGGAGCGGAUCAACCGACCAGUCUCUCGAAGAAGCGCCGUUUCUCCGACACCAAUGGAGCCAUGGCCGCGACCGAAUCACCAAAGAAGUGCAAGCCCUCGCCGGAGCCAGCUAGUCCGGCCAACCAGGCCUUGGCACUGACUCCUAGUGGUCGCCCGCGGCGUCGUGCCGCAGCGGCUCUGAUGGCGGACUUUCAGAGCCAUGCGGAGGAGAGAGCAUCUCGGGCUCAAGCCCGCAAGUCAGCCGUCGGUAUCUCAGGGAAACCGGGGGAAGCCCAGGUUCAAUUGGAGGAGGGUCUCAAGAGUGUCUAA